CCCUGUGUCUCUGGUGGUUUGCCCAAACCGACAAACAUCAUCUUCUCAUCCAUCAACAUGAAGAAUGUCCUACACUGGAAUCCACCGGAGGGCCUAACAGGAAUUGAAGCUCUUUAUACGGUGCAGUAUUUCAUAUAUGGACAAAGGAAAUGGCUGGAUAAACCUGAGUGCAGGAAUAUCAACAGGACACACUGUGAUCUCUCAGCUGAAACUUCUGACUAUGAGCACCAAUAUUAUGCUAGAGUUAAGGCCAUUUGGAAAGCUAAUUGUUCCAAAUGGGCAGAAACUCGACGGUUCUAUCCAUAUUUAGAAACACAAAUUGGCCCACCAGCAAUUGCUUUAACUACUGAUGAGAAGUCCAUUUUAAUAAUUCUGACGGCUCCAGAAAAAUGGAAGAGAAAUUCAGAAGAAGGCUCUGUUUCUAUGCAACAAAUCUUCCCUACUCUGAAGUAUAAUGUGUCCGUGUACAAUACCAAAUCCAAUAGAAUGUGGGUACAGUGUGUGACCAACCACUCACUGGUUCGCGGCUUGGAGCCUGACACCCAGUACUGUGUCCGCGUGGAGUCCCUGGUCCUGGGGCCUCCUCGCCUAACUCAGCCUUCUGAGAAGCAGUGUGUCAGUACUUUGAAAGACCAGGCGUCAGCAUUGAAGAUUAAAAUCAUUUUCUACUAUGUAUUGCCUGUAUCUGUGGCCAUGUUUAUUUUUGCUGCAAUGGGCUACUCCAUGUAUAAAUAUAUCCAUGUUGGCAAAGAGAAACACCCAAAAAAUUUGGUUUUGAUCUAUGAAAGUGAAUUUCACAAAAGAUUCUUUGAACCAGCUGAAAAACUUGUGAUUAACUUUAUCACCUUCGGUAUUCUGGAUGAUUCUAGAACUUCUCAUAAGGAUUUAACAGAAGCCAGCAGUGGUGGAUCUAACCACAGCCAUCCCAAGACCCCAGAGGGCCAGGAGCCCCAUCAGGAGGAAGACGAGGUGACGCACUUAGGGUACGCUUCCCACGUGAUGGAAGUUUUCUGUGACCCUGGGGAAAACACAAACGGUCCUUCCCUAACCCAACAACGAGAGUCACUCAGCAGAACCAGAACCAUGGACGAAAUGGUCUUAGAAUAUGAAUAUGACGUUACAAUGGCGGAUAUCCCUGUGAGGACUGAAGACCGAGAGUUUGAUUUGCCAGGAGAAGUGUGCAAACGAGGAAAGCUGGUUGAGCAGCUGGCCCCUUUGGCAAACCUGGGCCGACAGACAUUACUGUAUCCAUGUGCUCCCCAGUUCAGAGGCUUGGGCCCCCUCAAGCAGAUGUGCACAGAUCCUGAGAAGUCAGAGGAAGAGCCUUCCACAACACUGGUCGACUGGGACCCUCAGACCGGCAGGCUCUUUAUUCCCUUGUUAGCUGACUCAGGGGCUCAUGGAUAUUCUGAGUGUGGCCAACUCACUGAGGGGGACCUUUUGUCCAGGCUCUAUGAGGAGCAGGCUACAGACAAACUUCUUGAAGAAAAUGAAACCUAUCUCAUGCAAUUUAUGGCAGACUGGGGCUUAUGUGUACAAAUGCAAGACUAA